UAUUUCGUACCCAUCAUCCUCCAUGUUGGUUCAACAAUGCCCUCUCAGGAAAUCAGAACUCCGUACCUCCUGAAUCCCUCUGGGCCAUCACAUGGAACUCAACUUUCCGCUUCCCUAGCGCAUCGACGUUGCCGAGGGCCGCCAUAGCGGUGUAUGCGUCGUGGAGUUGGCAUCGUUAUUGUUGGAGCUUGGAAAUCCGGGCGCCUACUUCCUACGGUAGAAAUCAACCGGUCACAGACUCCUGCGUCUCUGGACAAGGUGAUCACGAUUCACGAUGGCCUCAUGACUCCGGCUUUGGGUUGGACCGAUCAGGCCGGAACUGCGUACUCCGUGUUCGGCAAUAUAGAGUACAUACAUGCUGGGUUUCUGCGCGCGAAUAUGCCAGUCCUCAUCGUCGAUCGUCCAUCGAGCGUUACCGUUCGUAUACAUGGGGUUGCCGUAUCCGCAAAUGGAACCUGCUAUCCCUCAUUAUGUGAGGCGGCCGCAGAACACCUGUUCCCGCCUCACGGAAGCGAGAAACUGAAUAUCCCGGAUUCCAGUCAUGUACGCAUUAUAUUGCCGGCUAUCAAUUCUAACUCAUGCCAUUCCCCGUUUUCCGAGGGUUGGCCCAGUAAGACCAAGCCGGAGACUUGUGCCUUGGUUCACCGAAUCUGAGUGAACCUGGGCUUCCCCAUGGGGCUCUCCACACCACCAAGCUUCCGCCGGCCAUAAGCUAUCCGUUCCAAACCCCAUAUUUUCAGCACCCUUAGCCUUACCCCUGCCAAUCCCAGUGAGCACAUUCCGUCAUUGGUCGAUUGAAUCAACUAUUGGGCCACACGUGGAGGAACCUAGGUUAGAUACGGUAGGAGUUUGCUCCUCCACUACAACGAAUCUCCAACCGUGUACCUG